UGGUAAGACAAUUUCAUAGUGAUAAGUUUCACAGACCACAGUACAAUAAUAAAAACAUUUUUAUUUUCGCGGCUUUUUAUUUUUUGCGGUAUAGAUAAGAAUAUAUUAGGUGUGUAGCAUGUCAAAAUAUUUUCUCAUGGUGUGUAGCAUGGUUACGUACUAACAUUUACUACGAAUUAAGAUUUAGUGUAGAAUUAUUUCGUAUACUUAAAUGAUCCACUUCAACUUUUCCUAAAGUUUUGAAUUGUAUCAGCUUGAAACUAUUAUACAGUAGACAUUUUACUAGGCACCAUGAACAUUUUGAAAGAUAGCAGAGUAGUAAAAUAUAUUUCAUCAUUAGAUGGAUUGAGUCCUGCCCAGGAUGUGUUCACAUUUUGUGAGUGCAUCAAUAAAAAUAAUACACCAGAGGAUGCUCACUCUAAUAUUGCAGUUCCUUUCAGUAGUAAUCUGGCUGAAUUAGCUGCUAACCGAGGGCCAAAAAACGUAAGACUGAUUGUGAUGUACAUAACAACCACAUCUUAUUUCAACGCAGAUACAAUGAAGUUCUUAGUCAAUGAAAUGUUACAAUGCAAAGACGUUGGAACAGUUGAACAGUAUUAUAAUGUUAUUGAUAAAAACCUCAAGCUACAUCCACCAUGUGCUCAAUACAUGGAUAAAGAGUAUGAACAAUUAUUGCUUAGUUCAUAUAGGAAUCAUUUUGGGGAAAUGACUCUAUGGGAUUAUAUAGUAGAAUGCUUGAAUAACAUAACAAGAGGAUCUCUUUUAUUCGGGGACGAUGAUGCAUUUGAUUUGGCAUUCAAAAGAUGUUUUAGUUUUUGCAUAUGUAUUUUGCAAGUUGACUUUGAAGUGUCCAAAAAUAAAAAUAAAAGAUCUUUGGCCGCAAAAUGUCUAAAGUAUAAACUUGAAAGAAAAACAAGAAUGAGUGAAAUCAGCACACUUUUGGAUAAGUUAUAUAACACUGGGUAUGAUUUUCAAAUGCCUGUUAUCCAUCUUGCAAUACUUGUAAGUCAGUUGCAAUGAAAUUAAAAUGUAAUCUUUUCGUCUUAUGCGCUUAUUGUUUGAUUGCAUUUAUGUAAAUAAGGUUUUUUUUAUUGUUUAAACAAAUAUAAUCAGUUUAUUGUUUAUCAUAGACAACGAAGAGACCGAGUUGUUUUUUGAUGUAUUAACAUUUGAAAUACUAUUUAGUGUGUAACUAUUCUUUAUUAAAAAAAUAUAUAUAUAUAUCCAUAAAUAGAA